GUAAGCAGCCCCUGUACACAUAUGCACUAUACACUACCCCGCUACACAUGAUAUAGCUCCCCGGCACUAGUGGGGGCCACCCGCGUUGCCCGUCAUGCUCAGUGCAAAGACAGUUACGCGCCAGACAGGAACGGCGCCUGCUGAUGACACUCAGACUAGUGACGAGCUUGAGGAGGAUCUUGAGCAGUCUGGCGAGGAGUCUAGCGAGGAGGAUGGAAAGGAAAUUCGGAAGCUACACCGCGGAGCUCGGGGGAGGGUUCAGCGCGCCGAAGCCAACCUCAACGGCAUGGUCGAGGCGUAUGCCGCUCGGGGGUUCAAGGGCCUGCGGAUGCAGCGGCUUGCUGGCUUUGCGCUCCUAGUGUCCCUUCCCUCCAACCCGCACCCAUUUGUGGCGUAUGGUGGCUACCUGAAGAACGCCACGGGACGGAAGAUAUUGGCGCAGUUCGUGCGGCAGCACCAUCGGCCGACCUCGACCAAACCGGGUGCCGGCUGGGACCCGCCACCAACCCCGCCCUAGCGGACAUGUCUGAGCACACCCGCCCAACUCAAAUACUCCGCCUGGCCCCGCCGGCCUUGCCCAGUGCUCGUAUCUUAAGAAGGAUGUUGGCUUUGGUCAACUUCGCGACUUGAGCCUCGACGAGCACGUUUUAGCCUGCUGUCAAGCGCUAUUGCUCCAACAGAUUGCAUGUAACAUAUACAUUAAGUGGCGGAGUCUGUAUCCCGCUCUGCAUUUUUCUCGGGGCGACGUCUCCUGGCCUCCUCGGCGUGCGGGUUUGGCUGGGGAAACGCACCCCCCGGACGGCACGCGGUGAAACCCCCCUGAUAGAUUGUCCUUCAAGCAUCAGUAAGCGACGACGCGAUGCGAGGCGAUGCGAGGCGGCUUCCAUGAAGGACAAUCUACCAAGGGGUUUUGGUGCCAUCCCGUGGGCGCCUCCCUGGGGACACGCUUUUUCCUGGAGUGGGACCCG